UGUGAGACACCGCCACAGCACGGCUUGAUGCGCAGGGUGUAGGUCUGCACCCAGGAUCUGAACCCACACCCACCAGCUGCUGAAGCCGAAAGCUCAAACUUAACAGCUGUGCCGGGCCGGCCCCCAACUUCACAUUUUGACACCUUAACUGAAGUGGGUCAUUUAGACUCCCACUGGGCCCCUUGUCUGCCUCCCUCACUCCGGAGUAAAAACCCCAAAAGAUCUUUCAACUGUAACCCGGUCGCAAAGCAGAAGGCGCACGAUUAGCUCUGUAAACCAAUCAAGCACCAUUAAGGAGAAAGAAUAUGACAUGAAGCUUUUGUUUCUCGAAAUGAAAGAAAGAGAAGAAGAAAAAAGGAAGAAGACAAGAAAAGAAAAGCCAGCAGCAGCAGCAGAAUUACAGAAGGAGGAGUCCCCACCCAGACACCCGGGGAGAGCUGCUCAGGCUGGUGCCGGAUGGCGAGAAGGGUUAAAUUUAUGUUCCAUUACAAGUCCCCUUUUUUUUGGUUUCAUCUUCUCAGUAAAACACAUAACUUAAAAUGAAAUCAAAUAUUAAAAAUGACAGACUAUAUAAGUGCUGUGAGUAACUUCAGGUCACGGAGGGAGGGAAAAGCCGGCAAGUUGUCAGGCACUAUCUGUCAGAGUGAAUUAGAAACAAUCAACAGAGACUGAAAGGGAAGGUGAUUGUUAUUAAGCAGCGGGGCUGUGAGCAGGCUGCCCAGAUGUGGUCAUGCAUAUAAAGGACAGGAAACAGCAGUUUAAUUCAGGAAGCCCCGGCGAACAGGGCAGCAGAGAGGAGAAAAGUCCUUUGUCGCUAAUAAGCUGGAAGUUACUUUGAUAACAGCAGGGUUAGACUCGAGAAUAAAACACAUUUCUUUCACUACCACACACCAUUAAUAUCACAGAAAUGUGGUCGGAAGAAAUGCCCAGCGCGAGCCGGAUCAGCCGCUGGCCUUCCCCAGCAGCCUGGAGAGCCGACCCCGGUCCCCAUCCGGGCCCGAGCCUCCGCUCCUGCCAGGGCAGGGCCUUUUCUGACCACGUCGGACCAACUGUCACCCUCCAGAAAUGUCAUAUGACCAAAACACUAUAAGGAGAGUAUUUCCUUAUUGCCCAGCAUCAGGCCCUCCCGUUCCUGGGGCCUGUGGGGAAGGUGCGAGCCGGGUAAAUAUCCUCGGUGUAAUGAAGGCCACAUAUGCAGCCACGAAGAACAAUUUUAUAUGCAGACAAGGCCCGAUUUCAUAAGAAAUUACUUAUGCAGGCGUUCUGCAAUUAUCCUGUGAUACUUGCAGGCAACAGUCUGACAGCAGUUGUGCAAACAAUAAAGGGAUUACAGAAAUAAAAACAAAUAAUAUUACACACGCAGAAACUCCAUGUUGCAUGUGGACGGGAUGGAGAGAGAUGAGUGGAGACGGGCAGGGCCAAGAGGAAGCGAGGCCAGGGCAGAGCCGACCCCUGCCCGGGCACUUGGACUGUGCCAGCGCUCGCUCCAAGCCCCCGACAGGACCCUGCCCGCAGGCGGCUGUAUGGCAGUCUGCCCCCAUCUCAGGGGAGGCUGGGCCACCUGCUUGCCUCUCUGGGGAGCUGAGGGCAUGGGUCACCUUUGCAGGAAGGAGCAGGGUCACAGGACCAGGAAGGGACAGGCAAUGGGUGGGCUGAGAGCUUUGCCAUUUUCUCUCGUACACCAGGUGGCCUUCCCAGAACAGGAAGCAUGUUGUCCUUCCGCCUCAUCCCGGGGUCAGCACAGGCCACCCAUGUCCAGUUGCAGCCCAGAGCUUCCAGGCAGCGGGUGCAGAGUCAGGACUGCCCCUCCCAUAACACAGGGAAGCGGUGAGGAUGGAGCUAUCCCAAAGCACGCUUCGACCAGAGCCUGCUCCACUCUGCUCCUCAGAGUCCAACUGUCCCGGUGUGGUUUCCUCUCAGGCAAAGUGAGAGCGACGGGACCUCUCUCUCCUAACUCCACUCAGCAAAGGAGGCUGCAAGGAUCCUCACCUCCGCGAGCCUGGAGAUUUCCUGGUGAAGGUCACAUAAGGCAGACAGCCCCACACAUAUAUGCAGGGCUUGUCAUCAUCACCACACAGACAUCACAACUGUCCCGCCAUCUCCUGUGCUGCCAGAGCGCCACCACCGCAGCCUGCAGCCGAGGUGAUCACCGCUGCAGGGAGGCUGUGGACUCACGUCUGCACCAGGAUAGCCGGGCCGCCUCAGGACAGCGGGAGCCACAGCGAGACCAGCACCCUGAGUCCGGGGCCCAAACAUGCCCCGGGCACCGGGGACCACUGUCUGUCAGAGGGGACGAAGGGCCUGUGGUCUCUGAGGGCCACUUCCUUCCGGAAGGCACUGAGCCUCAUGACCAACCGUGGGGACCUUCCGAGGGAUAAAGCUAAAGAGAGCCAGACAGCCACACCUCGUGGCCCUGCCUCUGGUCCCUGCGAGGGUUUCUCUGGAAAUGUAGAUUGUGGCGGGAUAGUGAACGAUUCUCUGAUGUGUGUGAGGGGUUCAGUCACCGACAGCUCACCUGGGAUCCUAGAAAUACAGAAUUUCUAUGGAAAGGCGCUUCAGGGUGGCGUCUAUGUCCCCAAGAUGCAUUCUAUAACAUCACAUAAGACUUUAAAAAGUUAAGUGUCCCCUUCAAAGGAUUGGGAGGGCCCCGGUGGAAAGGAGAGCGAGCAGGAAGACCCCAACGGGUCUCUUCGGAAGGCCAGCAGUGGUUCAACCAGCUCAUCAUAUUCCAGCCCGCACGGGAAGGGUCCCUCCAGGGCCUGAGAGCCCUGUGCUCUGGGGCUGCAGUCAGCGAGCAGCCUGGAAGGAGGUGCCCGCGUGCUCUCCGCCUGUUUCUGAGACCUGUCCCCUUUCUUGGUCUACAAGGCACAGAAUUUGCUCGUGGAUAGAAAGUUCCAACCCUACUUCCAGUUCACAGGAUCCCAAAAUUAUUCCAAGAUGUACAUUUUCCAUGCAGGAAAAGCUCCCCGCCUUCUCAUGGCCAAUCCCAAGAACAGUGCGUCACUGUUCUCUAUCUUCUCUGAGGCCCAGGACACGCUGAGGUGAUUAACUCUGUGCAAUGCCCGCCUCAGCGGCAGAAAACCUGGCGAGGCCAGCGUCGUGGCCUACUCCACAGUCUAAGAAAGGACGGCCAUGCCACAUUCGGACGAAGGUCAAGCACUUCCAGCUUCUCCCCUGGGUCUCCCACCGGGUCAAGCAUGGUGGUUCAUCCUCCCCACCCCUUCCCUUCCCAUCCCAACGUGGAUCAAGGGGAAAUGGCCAGGACCCUUGCAGGACCUCCUUCCCCACCUCAAGAGGUACAGAGCAUAGAAAGCUCCAGAACAAGCUGGUGUGCUCGCUUUCCUGGGGAAAGUCAGCCUCACCCAUCUUCCCGACCGGAGGCCUUCAGCAGUGAUGCUAAGCUGGGCCUUCGGAAACUGUGAGCAUCCACGCGGCAGAAUUCCUACCAUCAAUGUAGCAGCUAAAUAUUGUAAGACUCCUAACUCCCCCAUCUGUGUUUUGCCUCCCAAGAGGGAAAAUAGUCUUCGCAGACAUUCCCUUAUCUGGCAGGCGAAUUCUAAACCUUACUGGCAACUGCAGGCUUGUUUUCCCAACCAAACAGCUAUGGAACCAAAAAUUGUUCUGCCUGCGAUAUGCUGAGGAGGGAACUAGCCAAACAGCUCAGUCUGGAGGCGCAGGGCUGGGAAGCCGAGGGCUGUCUCCACCACCAGGGGAGACCCCAUGCUCCACGGAAGACCUGGUGCCAGGGGAGGCCGCCCGUCAACUGACGGAAGCUACAACUGCUGUGUUCGCUGCUCCUUUUCCUUAGCACAGCAUACACCCACCAAGAAGCUGACGGAAAACACUCACCACGGUGUGAAAUCAACACUUUCUAACUCAAAUAAAGGGGAUAAAAAAGGGAAAACUUCCAACCCUUUUGCAGCAGAAAUUUCCUCCUUCAAGAUUACACGAGGCAGUGGUACCUCGGGCCCUGCCGCCAAGCAUCCCUUGGCGCCCAGACCCUCGCUUCCCAUUUUAUGGUAUUUCCCUGCAUUUUUCCUAGCCCUUCCCAGUCUUAAUACAGGAAACCUGCACCUGUGCAACUGCUAAUAAACCAAAUCUGAUGAUAACUGUGGAAGCCUAAUUGAUAGGGGCCUUUAUCGACUGGCCUUGAUGUCUAUCUGAGGUUCUCAACAGCCAAGAUUUAAAUGUUUCAUUUUAUUUUUAACUUUCACUUUUCCACAUUUCAGCAAUGUCAGGCAAAGAGGUAUGGUUUUACUAUCAGAAAGACUCAUGGUGCAGAAUAAUUUAUGACUUCAGCUUGGGCUUUCAGAAAAGCUAUUUCAAAUCUUCACUUUGAUUUGGCUGUAUCAAAACUACUCCAAAUAACAGCGGCACUUUCUUGGAACCAGAAUAUGUUAGCAGCACCUCAGGAUUUCGAACGAAAGCCUCGUAUUUAUCCCAGAAGGAAACUUGAGAAAGGAAUUAAGCCACAGAGGGGAAAACGACAUUAUUUCACGAUUCCUUUGUUCCCCCUCUGACCCAUCCCCAAACACCCCCACAAAGGGAUGCCUGCCCCCCGUGAAGUCCUGCAGCCACCACUCACCCAGGGGUAGGGGCAGGUGGAGGAAGCCCACCUGGGUGCAGGACGGGCUGGGAGGAGGUCCUGGAAGGGAGGAGAGAGAGCGGGGCUGUCUGUGGGGAUUUGCGUUAGGUCAACACGACAAAGCAGGAGGAAAUGACGUGUGUCCAGGGCAAAGAGUUCUAGCAGCGUAAGACUUACCUUAGC